AAAAAAAAAAACAAAAACAAACAAAUGCUUGCUUUGGUUUAAAAGCCUUUAAGCUGGGUGCCAUUCGAUUCGUUCUCUCAUUAAACUCUCUCAUCAGUCAGACCCUCCAAAUUAAGCUAGGUUUGGAUUUGGUGUAGUUGCAAGUGAGUGACAAUGGUGGAGUUUCUUUUUGAAGACAUUUUCAGAAUCGAGCGACUAAACCCAGAUGGUAAAAAGUUUGAUAAAGUUAUUCGGGUUGAAGCAAAAAGUGAGAAGUUUGACAUGUUCAUGCACCUAGAUGUGAUGGUUACAAAGGAUUUUGAAGUGAAGGAAGGUGAUAAGUUUGCUAUGGUAAUAGCUCCAACACUAAAUCUGGAUGGAACACCUGACACUGGCUAUUAUACUCCGGGCAGUCGGCAGUCACUUGCAGAUAGAUUUGAUUACGUCAUGUAUGGGAAACUGUAUAAAAUCGCAGAUGGUUCAGGACGUGGAAUUAAAGCGGAGAUAAACGUUUCGUUUGGUGGGCUUCUGAUGAUGCUGAGGGGAGAUCCAUCUCAUUGCAACAAGUUUGAGCUUGAUCAGAGGCUGUAUGUCCUUAUGAGGAAGGUGUGAAGCUGUGUCAUAAGAUCAAAGUCUUGUUAACUUCGUAGCCUUUCUGUAUGGAGGAUUUUUCUUUAGUUACCAAAUUAUGAAACAUGGAUGCUAUGACACAAAGUUUAUAAUUGUGAAAACCGAAUUUAUGAUAAAAAUCAAUGUUAUUGUACCUCUGUGUA